CCUGGGGAGUAAACUAGGAAGUGGUUAAGCAGACACCUUUAGUCCCCGGUGCAUGUGAAUGACCGGCAGUGCGUCGAGCGCAUUUCCCCCCCGCAUGGCUCCGGUAGCCGUGGAGCUGCUUUCACUCGUUGGCCGAGGAAGGACGCUAGUUUGCGGGCGCGCUCGGCAGCGCGCGUACGCGCUGGGAUCAUAAAUCCACCGCAUACUUUGCCCUCUCAAGUGACAUGUAAAACGGGAGUCGGGCGGUGCUGAAUGCCGCGAGGGGGGCCCGCGGGGAAGCCUUCUCGCACGUCUCCCGCCCGGCCGCUAUUUUAAAGCCGACGCUCGAAAUUUCCAGCUGGCGCAGAAAAAGCGGCGCUUUGACGCUCACGCCUCAUGGCGCAGCGGUGCGUCCUCGCCGCGCUGCUGGCGUUUGGGCUCGUUGCCAUCCUGCUCCUCACGAUCCGUACCCAGGACGUUCGGGACCUGCCGGGGUUCAUGUACGGGAUUGUCUUGGAUGCUGGAUCUUCACACACAGCGCUGUACAUCUACAAGUGGCCUGCAGACAAGCAGAACGGCACGGGCGUGGUCACCCAGCACGGCGAAUGUCACGCUAACGGCAGCGGCAUCUCCAGCUACGCGGGCCGGCAGGGAGCAGCCGGGCGGAGCUUAGAGGCAUGUCUGGACCGGGCGGUGAAGGACAUCCCCAAAGAAAGACACCAUCUCACGCCCGUGUACCUGGGAGCCACAGCUGGCAUGAGGCUUCUGAGCAUCUCAAGCCCAGAGCUGUCAGGUCAGAUUCUGCAGGAAGUGGGCCAAAAAAUCCAGUCCUACCCUUUCAGCUUCCGAGGGGCGGCCAUACUGAGCGGUCAGGAGGAGGGGGCGUACGGCUGGGUGACCGUCAACUACCUCUUAGAGAACUUUAUAAAGUAUGGUUUCGUGGGCCGUUGGUUCAGCCCGGGGAGGCCCACAGUGGGAGCACUUGAUUUUGGGGGGGCCUCCACCCAGAUCACAUUUGCUACUCAAGAAGACGUAGAGGACGAGGACGACAUGAUGAAGCUGCGCCUUUAUGGCCACGAGUACUCUCUGUACACACACAGCUUCUUGUGCUACGGGCAGGACCAGAUGCUCAAGAGGCUGCUGGCUCACAUAGUGAAGUCUCAGGGUCACUCCUGGUCCGUCACUCACCCCUGCUACCCUGCAGACCACAGUAUGACUCUAAAGCUGAACACUAUAUUCAACUCUCCGUGUACUGCGAAGUACAGACCCAGUUCCUACGACCCUCAGGCUUCUCUGACCAUACAAGGCAGCGGGCAUUAUGAGCAAUGUCUGAGCAACGUGUCCGAGAUCUUCUCCUUCGACAGCUGUCCGUUCUCCCAGUGCUCCUUUGAUAAAGUCUACCAGCCAAACGUCACCGGAAGCUUCAUGGCAUUCUCUGCAUUCUACUACAUACACUCCUUCCUGCAGCGUACCACCCGUAUCACUGCAAGUACUCCUUCACAGCUGGAUGAGGCAUCCAAAGCUGUCUGCAGGAUGACUUUUGAAGAAAUGCUGCUUCUCGCUCCGGAGCAAAGGUCUCGCCUGCAGAACUACUGCGCCAUCUCCGUGUACGUUAAGGUUCUCUUGUUGAGAGGAUACGGCUUCGACGAGACCUCGUUCCCGCGCAUUUCCUUCCAGAAGAAGGCAGGGGGCGCCUCGGUGGGUUGGGCUCUGGGCUACAUGCUAAGUCUCAGCAGUUUGCUGCCGGCAGAGACGGGAGGGCUGAGGAAGGCCCUGACCCCGGGAGCGUGGGGGACGCUUAUCUUUCUCUUUGUGUUCUUGCUCGCGGUCGUCCUGGUCUUCAUCCUACUGCAAGCUCUUGGUGGGAAGAAGAAAGGAGGCAGUGAGAGCCCCAUCUGAAUGCUGCAACAGAGUGUAGCACAGUGCGAGGCAAUGACAUGUGGUUUCUUGUGUUGUGUCUGUACACAACCGUGGAUUUAAGAUAAAACGGAGAGGAUAAAGAGCUGAAUGUCAGAUUUAUUUCAAGAUGUUAGAGAAACUAGUUCCAAAAAUGUUAUAUAAUAUAAAUACUAAUGAAAACUGUUUUUAAUUUGUGUAUGAUAAGAGUUGUCAUGUUUUCCUUACCUUAGAAUAAGAACUGUAUUGUUUACACAGGGAAGUGACAAACUGGUAACGUAAAAACUCAAACACUGUCUCUAGAGUCAGUGUUUGAGUUUUUACGUUACCUGAAGGCCUCCAUGGUUCUCCAACACGCUUGGGAAGGGAGUCUGUACAGUUGGUUGCAACCUGCAGCCUCAUGCUACUAAAAUUGGGAGGAAGAGUGGGGCCACAUUAAAACGACUCGUCUUUUUUUUUGUACUGAAGUACAUAGCUAACAGAAUAAAAACAUGGCCCUUUACCAAACACUCUGUCUCAUCGGCUGUUGGUUUGAGAACAUAGCAAGGAGGUCAGAAUUUUUAAUUCUUGAAAAAGUCAACCAACCUUUCAAUUUAUGGAAUGUAAAAUGUUUUCAGUGUUUUGUAAUAAUUCUCUAAGGCACUGCUGCAGUAAAAUUAAUCCGACCAAUUUAUAACUCACAUAUGUAUUAAGUGUUCUUGAUAAAUAUGAAAUAACAAAAUAGUACUGUUUUAGUCUGGCUGUUUUGUAUCUGGUGUGUGUGCUGUUGUCGUACUCCAUUGUUUUAUAUUUAGAAACGAUAAAAGAAAUUUAAGCACUAAGUUUAGAUUUCAGUAGCAGCAAUUGAGUGUCUCUGCCUUUUUCAAGAGCUGUGUUGAAUGUCUAUGUAUAUAGUUGCACCUUUCAAAUUAUUCUUGUGGUAUUAUACUUUUUUUUUUUUAAAUAAACGAUUGGUCAAUCCUGCUAAAAGUUGCAGCAGUUCACAUUCGAUAUAUUUGAAAAUACUUUUUUUUUUUUAAACUAAUUUGAAACCGUUCACAACAUUCACUAGAAUUAGUGAUCUUAAAUGAUUAAUUGAUUUGAAGUCUGUGGAUUUUGAAUGGUUUGUGUUGUUUCAUCUCUCAGUGGUCACGUGUGUUUUACCCCAUGUAACAAAAUAAAUGUUUUAUUACUGAUUCA